GUGGAACCAGUUUCACUUCUUGCACUGUCUCUAAAAAUAUGUAGCGCUGCAGGCGGUUGCGAAAUAGGGAGUCUCGGAAAGUUUUCACGCCCCCGGAAAGUCGGACAUAACUUUCACGCCCCCGGAAAGUCGGACAUCGCGGAGGAGUGGCGGCGGCGUGAGAAAUAAGGCGAGGAUGGACACCCACGACUUCCGUGGUUUUUCCUUUCUCUCACCUUUUUUUUGCUAUAAAAGGGCCGGAUCGAAGACACUCGGCUCAAUCCCGUGCACCGAGUGUAGUACAGAGCAAGCCGCCAUCCUGUGGAAGUUACACGCUGCAAUUAGACGACUUGUCACAACAGCCUUCAUUAUGUGCGCAUUGUUAGGACAGACACUCAAAGACACGGACAUUGAGUGUCACGAGAACAGAAGACGUGAUCGGGGUCGUUGUCUGGACGUGUGCAUGGUCGUGUCCGUCCUUGUCCUAUAUGCAGCGCUCGCUGCCAUGGCUGUAGUGUGUCUCCCUGUCCUGAUGACGCACGGGGACUCAAAGCUGCAGCCGUAUCGCUCUGCAAACGAAGAACAAACACAGAGCCCGCCAUACAAGAUGCAGAACUUUGCUUUCUUGGAGGCAAUCUCAAGCAAGUUGGUGAACUCAACAGUUCAAUGGGGUUCAGUCCACUAUGGCACCGGGGAGUCUGUUGGUACCACCUUCCAUUUUGACUCAAAGCAACACUCACUGAGACCACGAAAGGCGGGGAUGUACUUCAUCUACCUGAAUCUCAACCUGACCUGCACAUACAAUUGCAAUGCUGGCCUUCUCAGCGUAAAUGUGGGGGACACGCUGAGCUGCCAAGUGAAGCUUCUAGCAGACACCCCACGACAAAGCAAGAAGUGUUGGACUGUGAGUAGGCUGAACGACGACACGUCGUUGCUCACCCAAAUGAGUGUACCAGAAGAAGGAUUGCAGAACUGGAAGCUGGAGCUCAAUGGGUCUAAUUUGGGUAUUUUCCUCGUGGACUAAUAUCUGACAUCAACUAUCCCAACUAAAAAACUCAACCAUGUGAAAGACUUUGCGGAGCUCACGUGGAAAAAAAAAAAAAAAAAAAAAAAAGAGACUGUUGCAAUCAGGAAGCAAACAUGUACUAGACACUGAUUGCUUCUUUCUAAUACUAUACAUAUUUAUUUGACAAGAUGGUACUAUUUAUGUUGCAGGGUCAACAUAUAUAUGAUGUUAUAGAUUGAGAACACUACAUUAGUGUUAAUGUGCAAUUCACUUUGUCUUUGAGUUGCUGGUUCUCUUUAUUUUAUAAAAUGGCUUCAAGGUUCUCAUCUGGAUUCACUUCAUACCACCUUAGAUAAACGGCAGUGAGGUCACAGUCACGCUAACUGCAACGCUUACUGUAAAUCAUUCCUUUGGUAUUAACACAAUAGAAGUUAUGAUUUGCUAUGCAAACGAAGAUUACAGAGUAAAUAAAAUAUGUACUGAAGAGUUCCGUUUUGCUAAAUAAACAUAAGCUAGCAGGUAUAUACAGGCCUGUGUACAAUCAAGUUUUAGAACCUGAAUCUCUGUAAAACUAUUUCAUUUGGGAACCCUCAAAAGUAGAUUUAGGUGGGGGUUUUUUUGUCAACCAUUCACUGCACCGCUUAUCCUGUUCAGAGUUAAAGAGUGCUGGAUUCAAGCCCAGCUUUCUUGGUGCAAAAGGUCCACCAAAUUGGUUGCCACUUACACUUGAACAACCAUUCAGAUUUACGUGUACACUGACUGAGUGGGAGCUGAAUCCACAAUGCGUACACCGGAGACAAGUGAAUACCAUCAGUGACUCCUGUCAAAUAAUUUCAUGCACUUUGCUCGUUCACAUACAAAUCUGAAGAAUCUAACACAAGUAAGGGAAACAUAUGGAUGGGAACAUUGCAUGUACCAUUGAGAGUGUAAAAUACACAGAUGUAGCUCUAAAUUUGGGCAUCUUUACAAAAAAAAGUGUAACCAAAUGUACUUUAUUGUUUGAUGUUCAAAAUGUGGACUUGACAAAUGUGAUGAAACAAUGUAGCAAAGUCCAAUGGACAAACUGCACUGUGCUGAUUGUAUCCAUAUUAACAUGGAAAUAAUGAUAAUAAUAAACAUAUAUGAACUGUA